UAAAGGACCUCAUAGCUAAAUAAUAAGGAUGCAAAACAAAACAACUUAUUUUCAAAGAAACUUAUUUUCUUUCUUGUAUCUUUAAGAGUACAUAUCAACAAAAGUAUUUUUCGAAGGAUCUAAGCUGGAUGAGAUCUACAUCUUUAUUACUUCUUUCUUUGCACACACAUUUUAUUGUAAUAACUGAUAUCACCUCGUGGAUUGAGCUAUCUAUCGAGCGCGUCUCCGGGUGGCGGAUAGGAGGAUGACCAGAUGACGUAGAGUCUGGUUAGUGGCAGUUAUAGCUGAUGAGGUAAAAACUGUCGCCGCGGACCAGCUUUCCAAGCCAAGUUGUGAGCUAUCGUGAUGAGAGCUGCGUGGUACUGGGGGAGCAGUGCCGUUAACGAUGCCUCCGGGGAACCGGGCGCCACCCCGGCAGUACACAGCUUUACCCAUGCAUGCGGGGCUCUGUGUGGGCGGACCGUAUAUAUUCCCUAGCUACUCGUGGGAUUCAAAUUGGAGAAACCUAAUUUUAAUCAAAAAAUUAAUAUGAAAACGGAGAUAGAAGACCCGCAGAAUUCACGCACACCAGUCACUCAAUUUUCUGCCUACAGUAAUACUGUAUUCACUACAAAUCAACCGAAUGCUGUGGUGCUAAGAAGCAACACUUCAUCCCGUUCACGAAAAAAACGAAAAAAACAGAAUUACUAUCUACGUAACUUUGCCUUUAAUUUUUCAACGUCCUCGACGGUGCCACAGGCAAUGGCGAGCACAUCCACCAGCGUCAAACAUCCGCAAAGUUCCAUCGACAGCUCUAUGUCGAAUAGCGAGAUUACUAAAAAGCAAAAAACAUUUGACAAGAGGAUCGAAGUGAUUAAUCAUCACUUAAUCAGAGCAAUAGUGUCGACGAACAAUAUGCCUUUGGGUCUAGAACACUUAACACUGUUCCGAGGUGCUAUGUCGAAAGAAAUCGACAAGAUUGUCGAUGGAUUUAUUCCCAAAUUUCAUGAUUCAUAUAUCAAAUUUGGCGCUAUAGUAAUCAAAUGUGUCGAUCAGUCAUCGCUUUACUGGCUUUCGACGCAGAUCGACAACAUUUCGCCGUGGCCGGAGGCCAACCUCAAGAUGAUCAUUUACAAUGAGCUGCAGAAGUAUUUUCGUGCUUGCGUAUGGAUUCCGAAUCCGCUCGAGUCCUCCGAGACCGUGCUGAAGCGAUUGAAUCGACAAAAUCCGGAUCUUAAUACGGCAAACUGGCAAAUAUUCGCCGAGAACUUGGGAGUUUUCGAAGAUGGAAGAAGUGUGUUUCUUGGAGUGCCUGAAUCGGAUUUCAAGAAACUUGAGGCAUCUAACUUUAUGGCUUACCUAGGUCUUGGGCAGAUCAACUUUGCUUUUAACAACAUCAAUUAGGAGAGCUCAGCUCGCGACUAGUUCGUAAUGUCCAGCUAUUUUUUUUAGCUCAACUGAGAUAGGUUUUAUUCUUUGCUGUACAUAAAAGACUACAAU